AAACACAAUAUUUUCCGCGCUUACAUAAAAAAAACCGGAUUAUUUAAUUUCACCAUCGCUAAACCCUUUGGUCCAUUAUCGCUAUAAAACACAGAGUAUAACAGGCACUCAACAGUCCACUCAUCGUUUACACCGUCCACUUUAAUUCACCUCUCGGCAACCAACUCAAAACAUCAUUUCGUCUCAUCUUCAAUCUUCAAACUCAACCAUGGCCAAGGAACCAGCCAGAGUUCUCGUCACCGGUGCUGCUGGACAAAUCGGAUAUGCUCUUGUACCGAUGAUUGCCAGAGGAGUGAUGUUGGGUCUUGACCAACCGGUAAUCCUCCACAUGCUUGAUAUUCCACCAGCUGCUGAAGCUUUGAAUGGAGUGAAAAUGGAGUUGGUCGAUGCUGCUUUUCCCCUCUUGAAAGGUGUUGUUGCAACAACUGAUGUUGUUGAGGCAUGCACUGGAGUUAACUAUGCAGUAAUGGUUGGUGGAUUCCCGAGAAAAGAAGGCAUGGAAAGGAAGGAUGUGAUGACAAAGAAUGUGUCCAUUUACAAGAGUCAAGCUUCAGCUCUUGAGAAGCAUGCUGCUGCAAACUGCAAGGUCCUGGUAGUUGCAAACCCUGCCAACACCAACGCGUUGAUCUUGAAGGAAUUUGCACCAUCCAUCCCUGAGAAGAACAUAACUUGUCUUACAAGAUUAGAUCAUAACAGGGCACUUGGUCAAAUCUCUGAGAGAUUGAAUGUUCAAGUAUCCGAUGUUAAGAAUGCUAUCAUCUGGGGAAAUCACUCAUCAACACAGUAUCCUGAUGUCAACCAUGCAACUGUUGGGGGAAAGCCUGUCAGAGAGCUUGUUGCUGAUGAUGAAUGGUUGAAUGGAGAAUUCAUUAAAACUGUCCAACAACGUGGUGCUGCAAUUAUCAAAGCUAGAAAGCUCUCCAGUGCAUUAUCUGCUGCUAGUUCAGCUUGUGACCACAUUCGUGAUUGGGUCCUUGGGACACCAGAGGGUACUUGGGUUUCUAUGGGAGUAUACUCUGAUGGCUCAUACAAUGUGCCAGCCGGGCUUAUCUAUUCCUUCCCAGUAACCUGCGCUAAUGGAGAAUGGAAAAUUGUUCAAGGACUUUCCAUUGACGAAUUCUCAAGGAAGAAACUGGACUUGACGGCUGAGGAACUCAGUGAGGAGAAGGCAUUGGCAUACUCCUGCCUCUCUUAAAUUUCUCGUCUUCUGCAACAGUGUGGAAACUGGAAGAGAACAAGAUUAAUAAUGCAACUCUCUUGAAAUUGCAAAACGCUAAUGAUGCAAGUGCUCAUUAUGCAGAUCCUCUUUGUUGUCGGAUCUAUAUGUAGUUUUGUGUUUUAAAUUCGGGCAAACUUAAAAUUUAGGCUUUCAGAUUACUGUCAUGGAGAGUUGAUAUGGAUGUUGCUUGCCCAUUGUGAUAAAAAAGGACAUGUAUUUUUCAUUUGCCUUUGAUUAUUCUUAACACCGUUGCUUUUCA